GCACGGACCGCGCGCUCUCACUCUCCAAACAAUGCUCCGAGGCGCCCGGCGGGGCGGCUGGCGGCUCAGAGACCAGCGGCGAGGCCGGGGGAGCGCGGCCCCGAGGAAGCCGCCCUGUGAGCCCCAUCCGCCUCCCCUGAGCCCACUCCAGGGAGCCAGGCGCAAGAUGAACCAGCACCCCGCCCACUGCUCAAGAUGCACCAGACCAUCCCAGUGAACCCCGAGAGCCCGAAAAUGUCUGCGUGCAGCGACUUUGUGGAGCACAUCUGGAAGCCUGGGUCCUGCAAAAACUGCUUCUGCCUGCGCACCGACCACCAGCCGGCACCUGGCCGCCCCCAGCCCCGAGCCGGCAGCCUGCCCCCUCCGCCUCGCCUGCCCCCCAGGCCCGAGAGCGGCCGUCCGGAAGAUGAAGGCCUGAGCAGCUCGCCCUACUCCAAGCCCACCAUUGCCGUGAAGCCCACCAUGAUGAGCUCCGACGCCUCCGAUGGGUGGACAGAGGCUGGCGUGAGUGCCGACGUUGCGCAGGUCAUCUGGAGACGAGCCCCCGGCAAGCUCCCCCUCCCGAAGCAGGAAGAUGUGCCAGUAGUUUACCUGGGCAGCUUCCGAGGCGUCCAGAAGCCUGCUGGGCCCUUGGCCCCGGCAGACGGGGGGCACCCUCGCUGCCCCCCUGCCUAUGCCAUGGUCGGCCUGCACAGCCUAGAGCCCCGGGGGGAACGGAGUGUCGCCUUCCACCCAGUGAGCUUCCCCGAUGAGAAGAAGCUUGGACGAGAAGAUAAACCCACGAUUCCCUACCAAGAGCUGACCUCCCCUCAGGAGAGCUUCCGCCAGAAACUGGCUGCCUUUGCUGAGAUGACCUCUGGCUGCUACAAGGGCCCCAGGCCCUACCCCUCUGCACAGCCCCUGCGGGCAUCCCUGCCCUCGGAGGAUGACAGCGACCAAAGGUGCUCGCCCUCAGGGGACAGCGAAGGGGGAGAAUACUGCUCCAUCCUGGACUGCUGCCCUGGGAGCCCAGGUGGUCAGGACGCCUCACAGGCCGAGGACUCCGGGCGCAGACAGGGCUGCAGGGACUGCUCGCCGGCCUGCUGGGAGCAGGGGAUGUGCGCGAAGCCAACCGAGGAGGAGAGGCGGGCUUUGAGCUUCCCCAGGGAGUGCCGCAGCCAGGGCCCGACAGAGAACCCACCCCGCCUGGGCCCCAAGAAGCAGUCCCUCACCUCAGAGGCCGCCAGCUCCUCGGAUGGCCUCUCCUGCGGGAGUGCCAGUAGCCGCGCCAGCAGCCCCUUGGUCCCCCAGCACGAGAGCGAUUCCUGCUCCCUUAUGAAGGCACCUGGGCCGGGGAAGCAGCAGGACUCUGGCUGCCACGGGGUGGCCUCCAGCAGGUGCCUGGGGCUGACUGGGGAGCCCCAGGCCCCAGCCCACCCCGGGGAGACUGCACAGCCUGAACCCAUCUAUGCUGAGAGCACCAAGAGGAAGAAGGCUAUUCCAGUGCCUUCCAGGCCACAGGCCAAGGCAGAACAGGCGGCAGCUGCCCAGGGCCAGGGCCAGGUGAGGAUGGCUAACACCUGGGCUCAGAAAACAGCGUCUGGCUGGAGCCAGGACAGGGAAGGCCCAGAGGUGGCCCCCCAGGCGGCGGCCACCAUCACAGUCAUGGCGGCCCACCCAGAAGAAGACCACCGGACAAUCUACCUGAGCAGCCCCGACUCCUCGGUGGCGGUGCAGUGGCCUCGCGGGCCCCUGAGCCAGGCCCCUGAGGCAGGCGAAGGAGAGCCUUCGGCUGGGCAGGGGCUCAGCUCUAGGGAGAGCCGCCAUCAUGGUGCCAGUGAGAGCACGCCCAAGGGGAGGCCUGCCAUCCCUCCCAAGCUGUCCAAGAGUAGCCCCGGAGGGUCCCCGGCGUCCCCAUCGGCCUCCCCCCAGUCCAACCUCAGCGAAGGCGACUCAGGUGUCACUGGGCCCCAGCCUCCGUCCAGGGGCCCCGCUGACCCUGCUUCCUCCUGCCGGGCCAACGGUGUCCCUGCCAGCGACUCUGCCAGGGGCCCUCCGCCCGCCACUGCCACGUCAGCCUUGGACCAGAGGCGGCCCCGGUACCAGACCGGUGCCUGGAGCCGCCAGUGCCGGAUAGAGGAAGAGGAGGAGGUGGAGCAGGACUUUCUGAGCCAAAGCUGGGGGAGUGAGGGGGACAGUGGCCCCACGGACCCAUGCAAUUCCUCCACCUGGCACCGCCCCCGCCCCACAGACGGCUCCUCUGGGCAGAAGAGCAAAGCCGGGACCGGGAUGAGCAAAUCAGCCUCGUUUGCCUUUGAGUUCCCCAAGGACAAAAGUGGAAGCGAGGCAUUCUCGCCUCCCCCUCCGCCUCCGAAGUCACGGCACCUUUUAAAAAUGAACAAGAGCAGCUCUGAUUUGGAGAAGGUGAGCCAGGGCUCUGCUGAGAGCCUCAGCCCAUCCUUCAGGGGCGUCCACGUCAGCUUCACCACGGGCUCCACGGACAGCCUGGCCUCCGACUCCAGGACCUGCAGCGACGGAGGUCCAUCAUCUGAGCUGACUCACUCGCCCACCAGCAGUGGGAAGGAGCUCUUCAGCCCUGUCCCCUUCCCUUCGGGCUCCACUGAGGAUGUGUCUCCCAGUGGCCCCGUGCAGCCCCCGCCUCUCCCCCAGAAGAAGCUAGUGAGCCGGGCGGCCUCUUCCCCGGAUGGCUUCUUCUGGACCCAAGGCUCCCCCAAGCCAAGAACAGCAGGUCCCAAGCUGAACCUCAGCCACUCGGAAACCAACGUCUGUGUCCAUGACGAGCCCCACUUCAGCUACUCCUCAGGCCCCGGCAGCCGCCACCAGCACAUCUUCUCUGCUUCCGAGCCUCUGGAGAAAACGUUCAAAGACAAUGGCCCCUGGAGCCCAGCGCCAGGGCUGGCAGGCAGCCAGAGCCUGCAGGGCAAAGGGGUCUCCUCGGCUGCGGCCUCCCAGCUGAGCGUGUCCAGCCAGGCCUCGGCGGGCAGCGCCCAGCUGCAGCUCCACAGCCUCCUGAGCAGCAUCAGCAGCAAGGAGGGCACCUACACCAAGCUGGGAGGGCUCUACGCCCAGUCCUUGGUCCGCCUCGUGGCCAGGUGUGAGGACCUCUUCAUGGGCGGCCAGAAAAAGGGGCUGCGCUUCAGCGAGAAUAACUGGUCCCUGUUCAAGCUGGCCUGUAACAAGCCCUGCUGCGACUCGGGGGAUGCCAUUUAUUACUGUGCCACCUGCUCCGAGGACCCCGGCAGCACCUACGCUGUGAAAAUCUGCAAAACCCCUGAGCCCAAAGCAGCCUCAUACUGCAGCCCUUCCGUGCCCGUGCACUUCAACAUCCAGCAGGACUGCGGCCACUUUGUCGCCUCGGUGCCCUCCAGCAUGCUCACCUCUCCCGAUGCGCCCAAGGACCCCCUGUCUGCCCUGCCUUCACAUCCCCCCGCCCAGGAGCAGGACUGCGUGGUGGUCAUCACCCGAGAGGUACCCCACCAGACCGCCUCGGACUUUGUGCAAGACUCAGCCACCAGCCACCAGUCUGAGCCCGAGGUUUACGAGCGGCGCGUGUGCUUCCUGCUUCUGCAGCUCUGCAAUGGGCUGGAGCACCUGAAGGAGCACGGGAUCAUCCACCGGGACCUGUGCCUGGAGAACCUGCUGCUGGUGCACUGUGCCCCACAGGCCUCCCCGGACCCCUCCUCCGCCACCUCCUGGGGCCCUCCCACCGCCGUACCCCCUGCCCCUGCCGCUACCCCCUCCUCUUGCCCCUCUGCUGCCCUCCCAGUCGGCGUCACCCCCACCCCUCCGGCGGGCCCCGCCUGUCAGGGAGGGCCCGGCGAGAAGCACCUGCCCCGACUCAUCAUCAGCAACUUCCUGAAGGCCAAGCAGAAGCCGGGCGGUACCGCCAACCUGCAGCAGAAAAAGAGCCAGGCCCGCCUGGCCCCAGAGAUUGUGUCUGCCUCCCAGUACCGCAAGUUCGACGAGUUCCAAACGGGCAUCCUCAUUUACGAGCUGCUCCACCAGCCCAACCCGUUCGAAGUGCGGGCCCAGCUGCGGGAGCAGGACUACCGGCAAGAGGACCUGCCCCCACUGCCCGCGCUGUCCCUCUACUCGCCGGGCCUGCAGCGGCUCGCGCACCUGCUGCUGCAGGCGGACCCCAUCAAGCGCAUCCGCAUCGGCGAGGCCAAGCGCGUGCUGCAGUGCCUUCUGUGGGGACCCCGGCGGGAGCUGGUGGAGCAGCCGGGCACCUCGGAGGAGGUGCUGUGCGCCACGCUCAGCAACUGGAUCGACAUGAAGCGGGCCCUGAUGAUGAUGAAGUUCGCCGAGAAGGCGGUGGACCGCCGGCGCGGGGUGGAGCUGGAGGACUGGCUCUGCUGCCAGUAUCUGGCGUCGGCGGAGCCCGGAGCUCUCUUACAGUCGCUGAAGCUCCUGCAGCUUCUGUGAGGCAGCCCCCGGCCCCCGUGCUGCCCCCAGCCCUGCCCUGCCUUGCCUUGGAAACAUCUGUGUCUCCUGGGAAAUGGUACAAAUGACUGUUGUACUUGGAUGUAAUAUAUAUAUAUAUACACGUAAGAUAUAAAUACAAAAGACUGAGGAUGUCACUGCCCACCCUGGUCUGGCCUCCUCUCCUCCCCUAGUCUUGAAGUUUUCCCCUACAAUUGUGUACAUUUCUAGCUUAUUGCAAGGUCCUGAGGACAGUGUGGCCAGCAGAGUGAAGCCUGGACUCUGGUCUCACUACCCCAUUAUGGGCUCUCUUUACCCUCUUGUCAAGUGGCUAUUUAAAAAAAAAAAAAC